AUGGAACAACCACAGCAACGAUUAACUCGCCAGACAAAAGAAAAUUCAUCAUCAACAUCAGCAUCUAAUCGUGUUCUCGAUGCUUCGACACGAGCACGACGAACACAAAAAUUUCUUGAAUCACUUGAACAAGAUAAUUUUCAUGAUGAUCCAACAGAAGCAUCAUCAUUUGAAUCAACAUUAACUCAAGAACAGAUUGCAAAACAUCUUAGUAAUACAUCUGCGUUUGGUUAUAGUCGCCAUUCUAAAGGUUUAAUUCUUGAAUCGGAUGAGCCAACUACAACAACAACAAAUUCAUCGAAUAAACGUCGAAAAGUACAAUUUAAACAUGAUGUGUUUAAAACACGUUUUCGGAAAAAUUUACAAACCUUAUUAGACGAACAAUUAGGUCCCAAUGGUGAUAAAUCGAUCGAGGAGAAAAACUAUUAUACGAUUGUAGCUAAACCAUCGAGAUAUCCGGCCAUAAAACUUUGUUCUGUAUGCGGUGUUCUAUCUCAAUAUACAUGCCAAAUAUGUGGAAGUUUAUAUUGUUCAUUGAAAUGUCUUGAUAUUCAUAAAGAUACACGAUGUUUAAAAUUUACUAUAAUGUCACAUACAAUUCUUCUUCUUCAAUCAACAAGUAGACUUGAUUCACGUACUUAUUCUGAUUAUGAAUCGGUCGAUGAAAGUCUCGAUGGGAUAUGUAAAGUAUUUGAAGAACACUUAAAAAAACGUAAUCCAACUUCACCAUCCAUAACAUAUGAUAUAUCGGAAUUGUUUGAAUUUAUUGAUGCAAUAUCGGAUUUAAGUUGUUUAGUUUUUCAAAAACAAACUGGACAAUAUAAACCGCAUAAUAAAGAAUGGAUUAAACAAGCAAUAUUUCAAUUGUUACGCAAGCAAGCUGCUGGUGGAAAAUAG